UGGCCCUGCUCCUGCGUCUGGAAGGCUUAGCGGUUGGAGACAUUACCAAGCUCACCGCUUAAAGCCCGCUGAGCAGGAAGCUCUGACGCCUUGGCGCCAUGGACAACUUUGACCUGAUUAAGAUCAUUGGGGAAGGCACCUUUGGAAAGGUGUACUUGGCUAAAGAUAAAUCAGAAAGCAUUCACUGUGUUAUAAAAGAGAUCAGUUUGACCAAGGAAAAAGAGGCUUCAAAGAAUGAAGUGAUUCUUCUGGCUAGGAUGAAGCAUCCCUAUAUCGUAACCUUCUUCAGCUCGUUUCAAGAGAACAGCAGGCUGUUUAUCGUCAUGGAAUACUGUGACGGAGGGGAUCUCAUGCAAAGGAUCCAGAGGCAGCAGGGAGUGUUGUUCAGUGAGGACCAGAUCCUGAGUUGGUUUGUACAGAUUUCUCUAGGACUGAAGCAUAUUCACGACAGGAAGAUUUUACACAGGGACAUAAAAUCUCAGAAUAUUUUUCUUAGCAAGAAUGGAAUGGUUGCAAAGCUUGGGGACUUUGGAACAGCAAGAUCACUGAAUAACUCCAUGGAACUCGCUCAAACAUGUGCUGGGACACCUUACUACCUGUCCCCAGAGAUCUGUCAGAACAGACCCUACAACAAUAAAACGGACAUCUGGUCUCUUGGCUGUGUCUUAUAUGAGCUCUGCACACUCAAGCAUCCUUUUGAGAGCGACAACUUCCACCAUCUCGUUCUGAAGAUCUGUCAGGGACACGUCGCUCCUGUACCACCCCACUUCUCUCGGGACCUACAGUCCUUGAUCCCUCAGCUCUUCAGAGUGUCUCCUCGGGACCGGCCAUCCAUUACUUCCCUUUUGAGAAGGCCCUUUCUAGAAACUCUAAUUGCCCGAUCCUUGGAUCCAGAGGUCUGUUCAAGAAGAAGAAUCCAGUCCCAUGCUCACAUGGAGAACGUGGCCGUUGGCCCCACAGCUUGUUGGGGAGUUAGUCCAUGGUCUGCUGCCUACCUUCAGAGGAAAUUUGAAGCUCAGCAAUAUAAGUUAAAAGUGGAAAGACAAUUGGGUCUUCGUCCAUCUUCUGUGGAGCCACAUCUAAAUGAGAGAGAAAAGCUACAAGGUCAUCAAGAGGAGACUAAAUUCCAGGAGCUUCCGUACAGGAAGAACAAAAUGAAGGACAAGGAAUAUUGGAAACAGCUGGAAGAGAUCCGCCAACAGUACCACAAUGACAUGAAGGAAAUUAAAAAGAAAAUGGGGAGAGAGCUGAAGAGAGCGGUAAAGUUUGAAAUCAGCCUAGAUAAGUGUAUUUCUGAGGAAGACACCGUCCAGGAGAAUGAGGCAGUGGAUAAACUGAAUGCUACUUUAAGCUUUGAAGAUGGCAUGAAGUUUCAGGAGUACAGCUGUAAGGAGGAACAUAAAGAUUAUACAGACAGAGCCUUUGAAGAACUCUGUGGCCCAGAAGCAGAGGGUUUCUUUCAGGAUGUCAUUGCCGCAGAGAACAGGAGGCAGUGGGAUGCCGGGGCACCUCAGACUCUGCUGCAAAUCAUGGCAACGGCAGAUGUCACCUCCACCUGCUCCACCAUGCCGGAUGAUGGCCAAGUGAUUGUGAUGGAGGGCAGUCUAGAAAAUGGGAAGCAGUGGUGGCUGGAUGUGCCAGGGACCCCGCGUGCUUUGGCAGCAGAGUGUGCCUGCAGUGGCUCGCUGUCUGCCAGUAAAGGAGAAACUGUAAUAAUCAAACCACAGAUUCCCAGAGAAGACAAGGAAGAGGUAGAAGUAGCCAUGGGCGUCAUGGCGGAUGGUGAACAGCUGGAACCAGGGUUGGAUGAAGAUGACAUGCAGGAAGGCAGGGGGUUCAGGAAUUCAAUGUUAAAUCCAGCUACAAGCAAGAUCAAGGCCAGUCCGGGCUGCAUGGCACCCUGCCUCAACUCUGUCACCCCACUACCCCUGCAAAGGAAAAUUUGAAGAAUCUGAAGAUGAGCUGAGGAGUGAAAUCAUAGAAUCCCUAGAAAAACUUGCAGCUUCCACAGAAGAAAGGGGACAGGCUCCCAGCUCCUCUAAGAAUGUGGAGUCAGGAGAGAAAGAAAAGACAAACUUGCCAGUCAAGAAACUCCAGUGAAGGUCUGGAAGCUGUUUUUGGCCUGUUUGAUCUGUAUGGCUAAGACCAAGGUUCACCAAAUGCUAGUCAUGAUGUGUAAGUGUGAACAGUCCGUUCCCCAUCCAUGGGGAUCCAUGUCCUUAAAGAAAAAUUCACUAUCUUACUGACUUUACACACUUUGUCCUGCUCAUGCUCUUGGGGGACAACUCUGAUGAAUGUUGUUUUUUAGCUUUAAUUCCAUCUAUUAAACCGAAACCAUUUGUUCUUAUUUCCAUGUGUUUGUCUUUAGAAUAAAACUCGUAAGAAAACAAACAGCUUUGGUUUUGUAUGGC